AUGGCACCGUCUGCUCAAAGAACUAUGGUGAACCCUCCGGAAGUUAAAGACGAUGGAUCGGCCCCGAAACCGCUGACAGGAGAGGAAGUGGUCAUCAGCGGCAUGUCUGGUAUCUUUCCGAAAUCCGAUAGCGUUUUGGAAUUUAAGAAUAACCUUUUCAAUAAGGUGGACAUGGUAACACAAGAGGACUCUCGUUGGGUCUUCAACCACCCUGAAAUUCCGAAGCACCUGGGCAAGGUCAAAGGCAUGGGCAAGUUCGACGCCCAAUUCUUCAGGGUCCACUAUAAGCAGGCCUGCACAAUGGAACCUAUGAGUAGAAAACUAUUGGAGCACGCGUACAGCGCUAUAUAUGACGCCGGUAUCAACCCUGUUCAACUUUAUGGUAAAAAAGUCGGAGUUUUCAUCGGAGCCGCGUUCUCUGAAUCGGAGAAGAUGAUUAUCUAUGAAAACAUUCAACGAAAUGGCUUCGGUAUAACUGGAGGCAACAAAGCUAUGUAUGCGAACCGAAUCUCCUACUGGAUUGAUGGGAAGGGCCCAUCUUAUGCCCUGGAUGCGGCUUGCGCCAGCUCUAUGUCGUGCUUAGAGCACGCCUAUAGAUGCAUGAGCACGGGUCAAUGCGAGGCAGCUAUUGUGGGUGGAUGUAACCUCUGCGCUCAUCCGAAUGUUACUUUGAAUUGUAAGAGGGCUGGUUUUCUUUGUCUGGAUGGUAAAACAAAAUGCUUCGAUAAGAACGGAGACGGCUAUGUUAGAUCUGAUGCAGUCAGCGUCCUAUUCUUGCAAAAGUCCAAGAAUGCUAAGAGGAUCUACUCAGAAGUAUAUUACGCGAAAACUAACUACGGUACAAACGUAAAUGCUGAUGAAUUUCUACCAAUCCGUGAACCGAAGGAGAUACAGGAAUUCCUUGAAGCGUUCUACUCUGAAAUCGACGUUUGUCCUAAAGACGUGGAGUACAUUGAAGCGUCUGGUGCUGCCAUUGCUGAAGCCGACGGUAAAGAACUUGAGGCAAUCGGUAAAGUGUUCGCUAAUGAUAAAACUAUCAAAGUGGGAUGUGUCAAGUCAAACAUGGGGUCAAGUGAAGCGGCCUCUGGAGUUUGUGCUGUUACUAAGGUCUGUCUAGCAUACCACGAGGGAAAACUCCCAGCUAAUUUACAUUACUCCGAACCACAAGAUCAAAUUGAUUCCGUGCGCGACGGGAGAGUCCAGGUUUUAACUGACAAUUCUCCUUUCAAAAGAGGCUUUUCCGCUUUGAACAUGUUCUCUUUUGGUGGAGUCAAUUUGCAUGUCUUAUUAAAGGGACACUUCAAACCUAAGGACCUACAACGCUACAAAAGCAGCAUACCUCAUUUAGUGCUAGCAUCCGGUAGACAGAAUAACUGCGUAGAGAAGAUUUUCGAAUCACUAAAGAAUAGACCCGUUGAUGCCGAGCAAAUUGCACUGAUACACGACAUCCAUGAUUACGAGAUAGCUGGACAUAUGUGCAGAGGAUACAUACUACUUGAAAACAAUGAGAACAAUGAAACGGUCUGCCUCAGUGAAAGCAUAGAGUACUGCCCAGGUAUUACUCGUCCGGUGUGGUUCGUCUACAGUGGAAUGGGAAGCCAAUGGGCUGGUAUGGGAGCUGAAUUAAUGAGGAUUCCUGUAUUUGCUGCUGCUAUUGAAAAAUGCCACAAAGUUCUCGCGCCCAAGGGUAUUGAUAUCGUCCGUAUCCUGUGUGAACCAGAUAAAACUAUCUUUGACAACAUUCUCCAUUCAUUUGUUGGAAUUGCCGCGGUCCAGAUCGGACUUACCGAUGUCUUAAGAGAAAUAGGAAUAGUUCCUGAUCACAUCAUUGGUCACAGUGUGGGAGAAUUAGGAUGUGCUUACGCUGACGGUUGCUUCACUGCAGAAGAGAUGAUUUUAUCAGCGUAUAGCCGUGGUCUGGUUUCUGUGCAAACACCAUUCAUUCGUGGGUCCAUGGCCGCCGUUGGACUGGGAUAUAAGAAUAUCCUACCACUCUGUCCGCCUGAAAUCGAAGUGGCUUGCCACAAUAGUUCGGAUUCUUCAACAAUAUCAGGACCCGCUGAACCAAUGAAGAAGUUCAUCUCUGAGCUCACCAGUAAAGGGAUAUUUGCCAAAGAAGUUCCCUGCUCUAACAUCUCGUUUCAUUCGAGAUACAUAGCUGAUGGCGGUCCUGGCCUUUUAAAAUACUUGAGUGAUGUCAUCAAAGACCCGAAGCCACGGAGUGAAAAGUGGGUAUCUACAUCUGUACCACAAGAAAACUGGGAUGAUCCUAAAGCGAAGUUCUCGUCAGCCGAGUAUCACACUAAUAAUUUAUUGAACCCAGUACUAUUCGAAGAAACUUCAAAGCUAAUACCAUCAGAUGCAUUGGUCAUUGAGAUUGCACCUCACGGAUUAUUACAAGCGAUCCUUAAGAGGUCUAUGCCGGAAUGUCAACAUCUUCCCCUGACCAGACGAGGACAUGUUGAUCCCGUAAAAUUUUUACUGGAAGGAAUUGGAAAAUUAUACGAAUUGGGAUUAAACCCAAAAAUCAGUGCUCUAUAUCCAAAAAUCGAGUAUCCUGUGUCUACUGAGACUCCUCUACUGUCGCACCUGGUUGAAUGGGAACAUAGCGAAACUUGGCCUCAAGCCAUUUAUAACACUAAGCACAGAGUGACCGCUCCGUGCUAUGAAUUCGUCAUGUCAAUCCACGACGAUGACUUCAAAUACUUCAGGGGUCAUAAUAGAGAAGGAAUCUGCGUUCUACCAGAAGCCGCUUUUCUAGUGAACGUUUGGCAAACCCUGGCCAUGUACAACGGGAAGAACUACAAGGAUAUGUCUGUUGUAUUCAAAGAUCUUAAGUUCCGGGGCGAAGUAGCCAUCAGGGAUGAAGAUACACUGAAAUUUUCGUUCAUGAUACAUAAAGGAAAUGCUAGAUUCGGGGUGAGUUACGAAAACACUGAAAUAGUCAGUGGUUUUGUAAAAGAAGCUGUGACGGAAGAUUUCGCCGAUCGUAAUCCCCCUCAAAGCGAUGAUACAGAUGAUAUUGCACUGGAUUCAAAAGACGUUUACACUCUAAUGAACUUGAGAGGCUACUCCUAUAGCGACGCAUUUCAGUCAAUCCACUCGACUACAUCGAGCCGUAAGAAAGGAAUUAUCAAGUGGUCAGAAGACUGGAUAUCAUUCCUUGAUGGUCUAAUUCAAUUAAACGCUUUCGCUAAAGACCACGACGGUGUUUCAGUACCGACAAUAAUAAGGAAACUGUCCAUCAAUGUUGAAGAACACAAGAACGCUAAAAUGAUUGCUUUAGAUAAUGUUAAUUGUAUAAAUGCUGAAAUCUAUGAUCAUUACAACUAUACAAAAUGUGGUGGAGUUGAAUUAGUUGGACUAACGUUCAACGAUAAACCAGCAGUUGAAAAAGAACCUGAUGUUAUGCAAUCUAGAGUAUUUGUUCCAUACUUUGUAACUGGAGUAGUUGAUCUCAAGACUGCGCUACAAGUCUCUUUUGGAACCAUAAGUGACAAUGUAAAUGGCGAGGAAGUCAAUGUGAUCGAAUGCUUGAGAUCAGAAGACCACGAAAUCUCAAAGCUCAUCAAGGAAGUGACAAGAACACAUGCAAGCGCUAAUUUCGACGUUGUUUCUGUUGAAUCAUUAGAUUUGAAAGCAGUUAGCGGAGCAGAUGUCCUGAUUACUGUUAAUUUGUUAGGAAACGAAAUGGAAAUGAAGAAAAUACAUGAUAGUCUACGCCAGAAUAGUUUCAUCCUAUCCAUGGAAGAAGACAUUAGUAAUAUCAAUCCGGAUCACUCUCUUUUCACAACUGUAUCAGCCAUGUCCGUUCAGAACCAUAUAUUGGUUUUGCUGCGCAAGACCUCGGAGGAUAUUGAUGUUACGUUUAUGCCUAUCAAUCACGACAUAAACUUCACUUGGGUAUCACGGUUGAGGAACGAAAUCGAAAAAUCAAGAAAGGUCGUUUUGAUUUCAGAGAGACAACCCUAUUGCGGACUUUACGGUUUAGUUAAGAAACUAAGUAAGCAACCGAGAAAUAAUGUAAGCUUAGUACUGGUUGACGACUUCUACCAUGUUCCAUCAUUUAAUGCUGAGCAUCUACUGUUCAAAGAACAACUACGGAAGAACUUGACUUUCAACGUUUUAAAAAAGGGUGUAUGGGGCAGCUUCUACUAUUUGUCCAAUGAUUCAUACUCGAACUUCCAAAACGUUUACUUAACUAAUGCUAUUACCGGUGACUUGAACAGCCUGACUUGGAUUGAGGCAUCAUCUACUCCGGCCAAUAAUAACUUGAUUCAGGUCUGCUACAGUAGCCCGUCGUACAGAGAUGCACAAGAUGCCGCUGGAACCACAUCUAAGUCCAACAGAUCAUUUGGAAUGGAUUACAGUGGUAUUAACAGUCUGGGUGAAAGGGUAAUGGGUGUAGUACAGGGAGGAGCUCUGUCGACUUUGGUGGAAGCUGACCCGGAUCUAACGUGGCCGGUACCUGAACACUGGACCCUCGAAGACGCUGCCACUGUGCCUUUACCAUAUCUACAAGCUUAUUAUUGUUUAGCAAUUAAAUCUGAAUUAUUGAGAAAAAGAAAAGUUUUUAUCAAUGGAGGAGCCGGAGCAUUAGGUCAAGCCGUCAUUUCAAUCUGUCUCGCUUUGGAUUGUGAGGUUUUCACGACAGUCAGCGACACGAAAAAGAAGGAAUUCCUAAUGAAGUUGUUCCCUAGUUUGCCGGAAUCGAAUAUUGCAAGCUCCCAUAAUAUUCAUUUCAAGGAUAGGGUCAUGCAGAACACUAAAAAUAAAGGAUGUGACGUCGUCAUCAAUUACAUGAACGGAAAUCUACGUGAGGCUGUAAUAAAGUGUGUUGGGAAGUACAGUUUGUUCCUUGAUCUAAGCGAACACGAUAUGAUUCGGAACAAUGAUUUCCACAUGAGCUUUUUGUUUACAUCCGGGAGUUAUGCAUCAACACAAUUUUCUUCGAUCUUCAAAACUGAAGGACUAAGCGAGAAAAAGUUGCUGCACAAAUUUAUUAGCGAAGGUAUAGCAAGUGGAGUGGUGAGGCCCCUCAGUCGGAUGGUGUAUUCUCCAGCGAAUGUAUCCAGAGCGUUCCGUCUCCUGGCCUCCAGUAAGCACCGAGGCAAGGUUUUGAUUAAAAUGAGGGACUCCAACACGAAUCACGAUUUGAAGGUUCAUCCAAGAUUGACCUGUACAUCGAGGGGAAGCUAUAUCGUUGUCUGUGAUGAAAGCGCUCUAAGCUUGGAACUGAUUGAUCGCUUAGUGAAACGUGGUGCCAGAAAUCUGUUUAUCCACAUCAAGCCUAAUUCUAUCGCCGGAUAUUGUUUCACUAAAAUCUUCAAGUGGAAAAAACUGAACGUGACAAUCAAGAUCUCAUCAGAAAACUUACAAACAGAGAACGGAUGCACAAACAUGAUCAGAGAAGCGACUAAAACUGGACCGGUUUGUGGUAUCUUCAUAGUACAAAACUACAGUUCUGAUGCCCAAGAAGAUCAGUUCAGAGCGAAUGUUGUCACUGAUAAGUUCAAGAACGUUGCCUGCGUCGUGGCUAACUUGGAUUUGGUGUCCAGGAACAUUUGUAAUGAAUUAAACCAUUUUGUGAUAAUAAAUUAUGGGCCAAAAUCUUACGCUGAUGAGUACGUGGGGAGUGUAAUUGACAAGAUCUGCCAGUCGCGUAACGAAAUUACUUUGCCUGCUUUGGUCUUCCGCAUUGGAACAAUAGCUGAGCUCGAUCGGAAUCUAGAUAAUCUUCAAACGAAAAUUAAAGCACAAACAUUAUCGACCGCUUUGAACGGUCUCGAAAGUAGCUUGAAGAUGAAGAAUAGCAAUACCGUUGCCUACAAUUUGAAAAAGAGGUCUGAUUUGUCAUUCAUUGAGAGAAUCUCAAGAAUUAUUGGUGUGGAAAACAUAAAUGAAAUUAAAGGGACACACACGCUUCAGGAUAUUACGAAUGAUGUAGCUAUACAACAAAUAAUUACAGCUAUCAGAGAAGAAUACAAUAUAUUGUACCCCGAUGAACAAGUUAAAAAAAUGACUAUAGCGAGCAUCAAAGACUUUGAGAGCCGCAUGGUGAAAGCUAACAACAAUUUCAACGGUGGUCUAGGAGCUUUUUACACUUUCAUUGAUGAGGACGAAUGCUACGCUACGGAACCGGUUAUUCCUAUGCGUACUAAGUUCAGUAUUGUUAAGGAGGAAGAAGAAUUAGAUCCUAAAGCCACGUACCUCUUCCUUGUACCUGGAUUCGAAGGGCACAACAGAAUAUUUACUUCCAUCUGUGAGAGGCUGAAGGUUCAGGCAAUGACCUUGCAACUUGGGCCUGAUGUCAUGGAUGAUACCAUUCCGCAAAUGGCCUACAAUAUUAGGAAGUUCAUGAAGAAACGAUUUGAGUUGAAAUCAAAGUUCUACCUUUUGGGCUACUCAUUUGGUGUUAACGUCGCUCUGGAAUUAGCUGCGUUGUUGGAAAAGGAAGGCCAUGUUGGUGUCGUCUACUGUCUCGACAGUAGUCCAGACGCGAUGAGGGCGCAAUUAGAUGCUUAUAUCGGCAACUUAAAGGACUCCGAACUGCAGGACAGAAUAGUCGAACAUAUGUACAAGCUGAUGGCGGGUACUGAUAGCGAAGAACUUAAAGAAGAACUGCGCAAAACCGAAGACUGGCCCGACAAAGUUGAAGCGUGUAUAAAUAGACUUAAAGGUGUGGUCCAUUACUCACACCAGUACAAGAGAUCGAUCCUCCAAGGGGCUUACCGAAGAAUUCUUCUUGCUAGAGAAUAUGAGCCGAACUUCCAGCUGGAAUCCGAGUUGGUUUUGAUGAAAGGAAUCCCGCAUCCUUCUAUGGGCUAUUUGACGAAUGAUUACAAUCUGUUUAAGUACAGCAAGAGACCUGUUCAGGUGUUCAAGUUGGAGUCAGAUCAUGCACUCGCACCUCAAGACUGUAGAGCCUCUAAUAUCAUAAAUAAAUUACUAGAUCCGGCAGUUCUGGAGGAGUUCAACAAGUCAAAUCUAUGUGAGAGCUAUCUUGCAGACCCUACAAACAUCCUCUAA